AUGAAGAAUCGGGGAGAAGCAAUCAAGAAGCUGGAAUUCCAAGUGGGAUAUUUAUCUGAGAAGAUUCCCAGGCCCACUGAAAUCUUCCCAAGUGACACGGAGAAGAAUCCGAGAGGUGAAACGAAGAAAGUAAGAUGGGAGGAUUGUAACAUGGUCACUACAAAUGAUAAGGAGACUGAAGACAAGCCAAGCAAUCUGACAGAACAACCUGGAGAUACCUUAGUAGAGAAGGAGAAGAAAGACCAUCAAGGACCAGAAAUCUCACAACAGGAGCUGCUGAGACUAUAUGCACCAUUUCCCCAACUACUUAAGGGUGCUGUGAGAAAGAGAAUAUACUCAAGGUUCUUGGACUUGUUUGCAUCCUUGAAUGUGAACAUACCAUUCAUCAAGGCCAUUCAGCAAAUGCCAGCAUUCAUCAAAUAUAUGAAGGAACUUCUUCCCAGGAAGAGUUCACUCAAGAGGGGCCAGACUAUAGUGAUGAACAAAGAAUGUAGUGCUCUGAUUCAACCUGAGCUACCUACAAAAAGAAGAGACCCAGGGAGUUUUCACAUCCCUUGUGCCAUAGGGGAGACACUUUUUGAUAGAGCACUUUGCGAUUUAGGAGCAAGCAUCAACUUAAUGCCCCUAUCCCUGGUGAAAAGGAUGCAGAUCAAUGAGAUACUACCCACAGAUGUAGUCAUAAGAGAGUCACCUGCACCCAAUCAUACUGGUAGACCAUUUCUCGCUACUGCUAGAGCACUCAUAGAUAUGGAGAAAGGGGAGCUAAUACUGAGAAUCCAUGAUGAGCAACUCAGCUUUAAUGUCUUCAAAGAAGAAGACCAAGAGUACAAGGAAUUAAGCAAACAUCAUGAUGAGCUGUUAAAGGAAGAAGCAAGCACUUAA